GCAAGCUAGUUCAGUGUUGCUGUAACGGUAGAUACUGCGAUCAGAUGGAUCAAACCUGGCAACUGAGCCUGGCAAGGUAGCGGUUGUUGGGAUUUGGCUCUAAACACGAACGUUAAUUUAGUAAAAAAAAAAAAAAAAAAAACGAUUUCGCUCUUUGGAAUCGCGAUAUUCACUGGCGUUUUGUUAAUGUAACUAAAUAGCCUAUGUAAGCUACGUUACAUAUCAAAGAAGAAAUUGCAUAAAAACGCUGUUUUACAACUGGGAAUAUUCAUAUUUCAGGCUGACAUUUGUUUAAUUGUGACAUUUUGCACAUCCUCAUAAUCAAGAGCUUAAGUGUUAACUAACGUAUAGCAACUAGUUUGCUACAGUAAGUUAGUUUGCUGACAAUCCUGUUAGCUACUGAAGUCAACAGUACUCACAGCAAACUGGACAAUAGACAUGACCAACCUUCUAUUCUGGAACCAGCUGCAGGCUGGCAGCUCCGAAGUUGAUUGGUGUGAGGGCAAUUACCUAAUUUACCCUGGAAUUGCGGAGUUCUACAACACGAUCAGCAACAUAUUGUUUUUUAUUUUGCCACCUAUAUUAAUGCGCUUGUUUCGUCAGUACGCCACACAUUUCAACAGUGGGAUAUAUCUAAUAUGGACUCUGCUGGUUGUGGUUGGUAUUGGAUCGACGUACUUUCACGCCACCCUCAGCUUCCUGGGUCAGAUGCUGGAUGAGCUGGCCAUCCUGUGGGUUCUGAUGUGUGCCAUCGGCAUGUGGUUUCCCAAGAGAUACCUGCCGAAGAUGUUUCGCAGAGACAGGUCACGGUUUAAAGUGGUCAUCGGGAUUCUGUCUGGAAUCACCACAUGUCUGGCUUUCGUUAAGCCGGCCAUCAACUCGAUAUCCCUGAUGACUCUGGGCAUCCCCUGUACUGCCCUGCUCAUUACAGAACUCAAGCGGUGUGAGAACCUGCGUGUGUUCAAGCUGGGGCUGCUCGCAGGGCUGUGGUGGACCCUCGCCCUGCUUUGCUGGAUCAGCGACCGGAUCUUCUGUGAGAUGUGGUCCUCCGUCAACUUCCCCUACCUGCACUGCGCAUGGCACAUCCUCAUCUGCCUGGCCUCGUACCUGGGCUGCGUGUGCUUCGCUUACUUCGACGCCGCCUCCGAGGCCCCCGAGCAGGGUCCCGUCGUCAAGUUCUGGCCCAGCGAGAAGUGGGCCUUCAUCGGGGUGCCCUACGUCACCCUGCUGUGCGUCCACAAGAAGUCCUCGGUCAAGGUGACAUAGCCGGGCCCCGCGAGCCAUCAGCUCCCCGUGGCGCCAGGAACAGUCUGUAUUUUUAUAUCCACCCAAAGCUCGAAUGGAGGGAUGCAGAAGACUCCGGAAAUAUGAAGGCACCCUUACUUUUUUUUUUUUUCCCGAGAGAUUUUUGUUAGAGAAUGAAGGCAUGUUUUCAGUGUUUGGUUUCGGGAUUGUUUUCCACUAUUGACUUGCUUGGGACCAAGGAGUUGUGUAAUAAUGUUAGUGUCGAUGUAACGCUGGAGAUUCCUCAGAAUCUUUCCCGUGACCUCAUCCAGUGGAGACUUCACUCGGACCUGGCUCAACAAUGCCACCGCGCAUUUCAACCCUUCAGCUCAAAAAUAUGGAUUUCUGAUACACAGCAUGUUAUGUGUAUGUAAAACUGACCUCUUUCUCCAUUUGCUUUUUGCCUUUGUUUUGUCAGAGUUUUAUUAGUAUUUAAUUUAUUAUUCGGAAGGUAUUCAACAAUGUUUGUUGACAUUUUUUUGAUGGUUUCAGAGCCAAUAAGCGGCCUCCACUUUGUCCGAAAUUCACUGCUUAGGAUCUGCCAAUCAGGGUGUUCCUCUGUAUCCAGUAUCCAAGAUAACGUGUUAUCUGUGCAAAUGAAUGCAUGCCUCUGUGUGAGGUCACUUUAAAUGCAGUUAAUUGACAGCUACACGACAACGCCUGCUUUCCCUGCCUCGAUGGUGAAUCUGAGUGGACCAGGGGCGGGGCCAGGGGUGGCACUGGCCCCCCCUGGAAUCUGAUUGGCCACCCCUGGUGCCCCCCCUACCAGAACCGGAAUAUGAUAGGCCAUUGUACGCAGCAAACAAUAUAUAUGGUAAGCCUUGAUGGCUGGCCCCCCCCUCCUCUGGGUCUGUGCCCCAUCCUGGCCCCCCCCAUUCAAAAUGUUCUAGACACGCCCCUGGAGUGGACAACUGUUCAAUACACGUUGAAGCCAUUUUUCCAUAUAGGGUGCAUCUAUCUCUCAUUAUAACCUCAUGUAACUAACUUUUUGUUCCUUUAUUUUGAGCCAUUUGAUGGAUAACGGGAGCAUUGUUAUUUAGAUAUUUAAAGGGAAAAUGUAUUGCAUAUAUCUGAUGUAAUGCUAUGGAUUGUUAUUGUGCAAGUCAUGUGACUGACUCCACUGGUGGUGAAUAUUAUUUGGUUAAGUUUUUCUGAAGUAAGGCCACGGAAAGCAAGGCCACCAGUUCACAUGCAUUUAGAGGGACUUUUUGCCCUACAACAGCCAGCAAUUUGAUAAAAAAUGUGAAUUGUAGUUCUUAUUGAACACUUUGGAUUAUAUACCUACAGUAAAUCUUUAUUGUGAAACUCGCAUGAAGGCCUUUUCAUGAACUGGUUUACAGGGCAUGACUUCAAACGUGAGUCUGUGAGCAUAAUCAUGUAUAUUCUACUGUAGGACGAGCACUGGAAGGGGCUGGUGAAUGCACUUCCUCCUGGGAGGCUGAUAUUCUGGCAGAUUUGCCUUUCUGCGAUAGUGUCUGAGCGAGGAGUGGUACAAACUUUGCACUCCAUCACGUCUGCAAAAGGGCCAAAAGACUGUGAUCUCUGCCUCUGUCUGUGUGCUGAAGAUACACAGUCAGUCUGCACAGAUUAUUUAUUUUAAUCUUAACCAAUUGCGUAUUUGUAAACCGAUAAAUGUUUAUAAAUGAAGAAUGAAGCAUUUCAUAUGACUGUAUUUUUACAUUUUAUCUUCUGUAGUAAACAAGACUUGUAUGUAACAAGG